AUAAAUACAUUCAAAUGAAGUAGAAUCAAAGCAACACCAAGAGUUCAAGAAACAGAACAAAACAAAACAAAAAAUAGGAAACAAGGAAGAAGAUUGAAACUAGAUCUCAAGAUCGGUAUAGAUGGGUUUGGUGGUUGUCAUAUCCCUGCCUCUAAUUUUCUUCUGUCUUCUUCUUGGAUUCGGCUGCUACUUCCUCGGCAAAUCUCGCGGCCGUCGUGAGAUCCGUACUAAUCCUCAGGUGUAUGGAACUCCUGCUCCACCUCCCGGUGCAAUCGCCGCAUCCUCUCCGCCGUUGUCACCUCACGCCAAGCCCGACAACUCUCAAAACGUCUGAUUUUCUAGCUUUUGUUCAAAAUAUUGUGAACUACUGUAUUCUCUUCGAUUGGUCUCUAGUUUUCUUGUGAUAUGUUCCCUUCUUAAAUUUGUGUAUGUUUCUUAUCUCAUUUGAUGUAAAUAAUAAAGAAAGCCUACUAUGGUUUCUAAGAAUUUGUUUGCAGAUUAA